CAACCUCAGGUGGGUGGUGGAUUGGCUUCAAUUUGCCAGCGAUGCGCAGAGAGGAGGUGUAACCGCGGUGACGCGGAGCUUUCACGUUCAGGUUUGAGGAGCUCUCGGAUGGCGCAUGGAGAGUGAAGAACCCGGACAUCUGAUGAAGGUGCAACUCGUGCUCCCUCUGGCGCUGCUGACGUCUGUUAUUUUGGUGGGAUUACUAAAGAUGCGCAAAAGGGACCACGAUAAGGAAGAGAAGCGGAGCCGGUUCCAGGACAUCAAGCUGCGGGUGACCAGCGAUGUCCUCCAGGAGUACCAGAAAGAGAAGGCCGAGAGACACAACGAGCUGGAAAAGGUUCAGGGCGAGCUGAAGGCCAUGGAGGAGGAAGUGAAGGUUGCGCAGACCAAAGCAGAGAAGGCGGCUGGAGAUUUAACCGGCUGCGAGGGUUCCCAGAAAUCUGGUGCAGAUCAGCAGGCAGCAGAGGAAACAAACUUGGGCAACCUCAAAGCUCAAACUGAGAAGGAGAAGACGGAGUGGAACGCAGAACUAGAUCGACUGAAAAAGCAGCUGACAGAAAAAAGUCCAGUGUGUAACUUCUUGAAAGAGUACCCAGACCAAAUAAAGACCAUGUGUGGCAUUAAAGAAGAACCAAAGGCAGAGCCUCCCAAACAAGAGGAGAAAAAGGCAGAACCUCCUAAACAAGAGGAGAAAAAGGAAGAACCUCCCAAGCAAGAGGAGAAAAAGGAAGAGCCUCCCAAGCAAGAGGAGAAAAAGGAAGAGCCUCCCAAGCAAGAGGAGAAAAAGGNCCUCCCAAGAUUUCCUGUUACCACCAUGUUCCGCUCUCAGGAUGGUUUUACCAGUCUGCUGGACCACGCCACUAAUUCGCCAGAGGCUGUGUGA